AGCAGUGAGACUGCGCGGUAGGGACGUAUCUGAACGGCGACUGGCUCACGGUGGGAAGGGGCGUGUCUGGACCGCCCCCAGGCCCACGGGGAGCUCGCAUAGCCUCUGUCGUUCGUGCACCCCACACUGCUGUGGGGCCAGCUCCGGCGGCUAAGACCGCACUUCGGAGGAGUGGCGUGGCGAGGCCCUGCCUUCCUGGGUGCGGCGUGUGGGCCCUUCCCAGUUUCCCCUCCCUACAGCUCUCGGUGGUGGCGACCCAUUGGAGUUCCGUUUCCGGUUGCUGUGGCCGCGGGCGGGCGGUGAGUCUGGAGCAGGCGUGCAGUUUGUGCUCUGGCUCUGCGCCUCCCCCUUGGCGUGUCUAGGGCUUGCUGCAGCUCGGGGGUGCUGCGCUGCCCCUGACUCCCCUCCGGGCGAUGGUGCGGCCUGAGGACGCUUCCAUCCCCCGCCGACGCUGACUCGGGUCCCCCAAUCCAUGGCCGCCUCGGCGCCGCCCCCACCGGACAAGCUGGAGGGAGGCAGCGGCCCCGCACCGCCCCCCGCGCCGCCCAGCACCGGGAGGAAGCAGGGCAAGGCCGUAAGCAAGUGUACGUGGAAGUUAGAGUCUGGAGAGUGGCUGGGAGGAAGGAGACAGUAGAACCCUCAGGAAAGCUUGCCUCCGUCUGCCUAUUGCUGCUCUUCCAGGUCUGCAAAUGAAGAGCCCUGAAAAGAAACGAAGAAAGUCCAACACUCAGGGUCCUGCAUACUCACAUCUGACGGAGUUCGCGCCACCCCCAACUCCCAUGGUGGAUCAUUUGGUUGCUUCUAACCCUUUUGAGGAUGACUUCGGAGCCCCUAAGGUGGGGGGUGCAGGCCCUCCAUUCCUUGGCAGUCCUGUGCCCUUUGGAGGCUUUCGUGUACAGGGGGGCAUGGCAGGCCAGGUACCCCCAGGCUAUGGCACUGCAGGAGGAGGGGGUCCCCAGCCACUUCGUCGACAGCCCCCUCCUUUCCCUCCUAACCCUAUGGGCCCAGCUUUUAAUAUGCCUCCUCAGGGCCCUGGCUAUCCACCACCAGGCAACAUGAACUUUCCCAGUCAACCCUUCAACCAGUCUCUGGGCCAAAACUUCAGCCCACCUGGUGGGCAGAUGAUGCCAGGCCCAGUGGGGGGAUUUGGUCCCAUGAUCUCGCCCACCAUGGGACAGCCUCCUAGAGGGGACCUGGGUCCUCCUCCUCUCCCCCAACGCUUUGCCCAACCAGGGGCACCUUUUGGUCCUUCUCUUCAGAGACCUGGUCAGGGACUCCCCAGCCUGCCUCCCAAUACAAGUCCCUUCCCUGGUCCAGACCCUGGUUUCCCUGGCCCUAGUGGUGAGGACGGGGGAAAACCCUUGAAUCCCCCUGCCCCCACAGCUUUUCCCCAGGAGCCCCAUUCAGGCUCCCCGGCUGCAGCUGUUAAUGGGAACCAGCCUAGCUUCCCGCCCAGCAGCAGCGGUCGAGGUGGUGGCACUCCAGAUGCCAACAGCCUAGCACCCCCUGGCAAGGCAGGUGGAGGCUCAGGGCCCCAGCCUCCCCCGGGCCUGGUGUACCCUUGUGGUGCCUGUCGGAGUGAGGUGAACGAUGACCAGGAUGCCAUUUUGUGCGAGGCCUCCUGCCAGAAGUGGUUUCACCGCGAGUGCACUGGCAUGACGGAGAGCGCCUACGGGCUGCUAACCACCGAGGCCUCUGCUGUCUGGGCCUGUGAUCUCUGCCUCAAGACCAAGGAGAUCCAGUCUGUCUACAUCCGAGAGGGCAUGGGGCAGUUGGUGGCUGCCAACGAUGGGUGACUCCAGUGUGGUGGCCUGGGGAAAUGCACAUUGCUCACCAUGCUCUUGCAGAGGAAUUACGUGGCUCUUGCUCCUCGCUUCCCACUGGCUUCCCGUCCCCAUGAAGCAGAAACAUACAGUUCCUGAAGCAGAAGAACUGAAGCGGGCAGGCAGAGGAGCCCAGAGUACUUGCUUUUCUGGGAACUGCUGCAUUGAGACCUUCAGUGAUCCAGGGAGCUAAAGCCCUGCCACGCAGAGCCCUUCCUAGAGUCCAGCUGGAGGCUGCAAGAAAGGAAAGGGGCGGAGGACGUUCCAGACGACGAUGUCCUGUGUGCAGCUGACCGACGACUCUAACACCUGUGCCUAUGAUACCUACGUAGCCCCACAGCUCCAGCUGUAGCCUUUGGAGUCACGUGUUCAAGGUUUCAUCUCUGGUCCCUUUUAUGGGUUCUGGAAACAACUGGGGAUUUCUCUCUUUUUCUGUCUUUCCUUUGCUUCCCCUGGGCCCAUCUUAACCCCUUUCCACAGACUGUCAGAUACCUUGAAGAAGCAGAGUUCUGACUCGGGCAUUGCUUGUCUGGGGAGUCAAGACUGUAGAUAAAAGAUGCUGAGACGAUCUCUUCCUCCCCAAAGGCACUGGUCCUUUUUCAGCUUCUCUGCUUGUCUCUCGGUGACCGUGUUGUCAGAAGUUGGGAUAUGUGGUCUGACUGGCCCCCGAGUGUUGGAAGUCCUCCCUGCACAGUAUGCUAGUGUUGUUCUUCAACUCUUGGUGCCCUCGUUUCCUUUGUCUCAGGGGAAAGUUUGGAAAGGCAUGAAGCCCUUAUACCUCAUUCCUUCCCCGAUGAAACGAUCCAACUGAGGCCCUGCGUGGCUUUGGGGGGCUGGGGGCAGCGGUAGGAUCCUCAGCCGUGAUACUGAAAGCUAAAGGACCUGAACUUCUCUGCUUUGCUCUUUUUUAUUCUGUGAUAUCAUCUGGGCCUGAUGAUCCAGCAACUAGGCUCGGUUUAUUUUUAUUUUUGUAGGACUCCCCGCCAGUGAUGGACCUGGGGCCUGAUCAGGAGCCCUCUUAGCUUCUCUUACCCCUUUCCAGUUAGCCCGUGUGCCCAUUCCUCAUAUGGGUGAGGCAAGCAAGCUAGGCUGUGGCCCUUUUGGGAGCCACCUCAGUGCCCAGCACUCAGCACGGUAACAGUGUCCUGCCCCACUUCUCAUGUUGCCUGCGCAUGGAAAGAGAGAAGACACUGUUGGAGCUGACAGCCUUUGAAGAGGAAGAAGGGGGAACCUGCUUUUUACUCUGUGGCCCCCCAACUCCUAAACUUCACAUGUGGCAGCCUUUCUGCUCAACAGUGUUGUGUUGUGGUUCUGUUUGCCCCAUUACCUGUUGCUACUUUUGUGUUGUCUCCAUGGUUUGUAAAGUGCUCCUGGGGAGGGAGGGUCCAUUUCUCGCUCCUCUGCUACUUUUUGUUUAGAAGAAAGGGGGUUGGCAGAUGUGGUUACAGAUCUUUUUUAUAUGGUUGGACUAAUAAAAUGACUUGAAAAUCCAAA